AUGGGCGCGCGCAGCGUUAGCGGGGAGGGCGCGGCGAUCUCGGUCCCAGCGAGCCGGGUACAAGUAAUAAGGUUUUACUUACGCGAGUUGCACGAUCCAGCUGCAGUAACUAUCGUAGCGUGUGAGGCCGCGUGGCCGGGCUACGGCAGACUGUUGCUCCCCGGGCCGCUUCACUUGUUACACCACCCGCCCGCCCUGCGCACCCCUCCGCUCCCGCACCGCGUCGCACCCCGCGCCCGCCCAAACAGCUCCACCCGCUCACCAGUAUCACGGGUCCUUCACUUCGUAGCGUCCUCACCUUGCCUGGGUCUAGUUACCCACCUACGCUAUCUGCCAAUUUGA